AUGUCAACACAGCACAAUGGACCUCCCUUUUCCUAUAACUAUGGGCCACCAUCAGGCCAAGCUUUUACACAAGGAAUUACUCGGACGUCAGAUGAACUACAUGACCAUACAUCCAGUGUAGUAAAUGGUCCAAAUGCUGAUCCGCCUCCAGUACAAGGAUAUAAUCAGCACCCCGGGCUACUUCCGACGCGAGAAAAUGAUCCACGAGCAAGUUCGCCGUUACAGAAAUCCCAUGGUCCACCUUCCGGCCCGCCUCCUAUGCAAGAAAAUGGUCCACGCGCAAGUCCGCCAUUACAGAAACCGCCUGGUCCGCCUCUUAUGCAAGGAAAUGGUCCACAAGCAGGUUUACCGUUACAACCAUCAUAUAAACCAUCUCAUGCACAAUAUUUUGGUCCAAUACAAUAUCAACCAGGUCAACUACCCAAUGGAAUAGGCUUUCCGGGACAACAAGGUAUGCCAAUUACACCAAGGGCACCACCUCAAAAUAUAUGGAUGACACGACCCGAGAGUGUUCCAGGAUGCCCACCGGGCCUUGAAUACCUUACACAAUUAAAGCAGAUUGUCAUGAAGCAAGAUAUGAUUCAAGAUCUUAAAAUGACGCAUAAUUACGACGUAAAUAGAUCUCCAUAUCAUAUCAGAAAUACAGCCGGUCAAGAGUUAUACUUAGCAAAAGAAAACUCUUGUCAUGAAGUCAGAUAUUCUGUAACACGUUUCGAUAUUCAUAUUACAGACAAUAUGGGCGUAGAUGUGAUAAAUGUCAAGAGUAGCUCGAGAGAGUGUGAUGGGUCUUAUUUUUACCAAUGUUGCUGCUGUCCGGGUACCCCUUAUGAGAUAACAGUAGAAUCGCCACCUGAACAACUUAUUGGUUCAAUCGUACAACACAAGUGUUGGAACAAUUACAUGUUCAGCAUCAAAUAUAACAACCACCAAAUAAUAUUUGACAUCAAUGGGCCGCCAAAGUGUAUGUCCGCUUGUCCAGUGUGGAAUUACGAAACGAAAAUUACAACCCCGAAUGGACUUCAUCAAAUAGGUGCGAUCUUCAGAGAAAUUUGGGAAACUCCAAAAGAAUACAUUAUGGGUGUAAAUACAUUUAGGGUUUCAUUCCCAGUCGACCUUGUUGUCAAAAUGAAAGCUAUAAUGAUAAGCUUUGUCUUUCUUCUUCAGUUCAUUGAUUUUACCACCAGGCCUGAUAUAGAACAACGAGUAGCUAGACGGAAGUGGGAUACAUGUAGGUAUAUGGCAGGUGCAGCAGGAGCAUAUGAUUAG